GCACGGUUUAUUGAUGUAAAGAAAUCGGUGAAUAUGUAGGGCCUUGGCUAGAAAAAUUCCAGUGCGAGCCAGUUGAAAGCUGAACUUAACUAGGACGCACUAAACCGAUUGCAGAGCUCGGUCUUUGUGGGCAGGAGGCGGGCUUAGUGACAAAUAUUAGUCUAGAGCAUCACCUGAUAUCAAUGGAUGCACCACAAUGUGGAGGUCGGACUGUCGGCAGAACAUCCGCAUCCAAGUCGGUAUCGUAUGGCAGCAUUAAUACCGCGAUUGCCAGCUCCGGAGUCGAAAUGGGGAAUGGCGAUGUUUGCUGCAUUACGAUCGAAGGUUGUGAACGCACGCCAUUGCUCUCUGGAGUUCCAGUGCCGGCAGCGGAGGAACUUAAGAGGCAUACUCUAUACCACCAGCAACCCAGAUGCCUCAAUUGCCGCAUCUUUGGCUUCCUGCUGCUGGUUUCCAUGGGCAUUGGUCUGGCCAUUUAUUUGCUUUGGAAAGAAUCCCGACUGCCCAGCAUUGGCUACACACUGUACCUUGUACACCACGAUAUUUGGAGUCGAGCCCUGCUGCCGACUCAGACAUUGCUGGAGGCGAGCAAUGUGUUCAAUGUCUACAUCACACACACGGGCAGCGCCGAGUGUUGGCAUGUGGAGGAAUGUCUGGACAUACUCCAUGGCAUGCAGCGCGGUCUCACCGAGGAACUGCACUACAAUUUCCUAAUUGCCGGCGAUUGCCAAGCGUAUGAGGCACGCGGCUGGCAAUAUGCCAGCGGCCAGGAUCUGCUGCCUCAGGCCACUUCAUUGGUGCUGGCCUUCGUCGGCGAUUUUACUCACCUAGCGCCCAGCCUCUGCCAAUUGCAGACGGCGCAAGCCCUGCUCCUGGAAUCUGUUAAACAUCACAAGCUGCAGGCCAACUACACGCUCUAUGCCCUGGAUGUGGAUGCGCUGCAACAUCAGGUGGCGCAAUGGCCGCACUUUUCUGGGACUCGAAUCAGUAUGUAAACUAAGGGACUGUCAUCUGGAAAAACCCAUCGCCUGCAAAGAUUUUAGGCCAGUUGUAAAGGAAGAAGGUACGUUUGUUUGCGCCGAAGCUAAAUACCCUGCAUCAUGUCUUAUGGGCCCGGAAUAUGUAAUGUGUACUCUUCUUAACAUAAAAUAUAUGAGUAGUCUAGGAUAUUAUUUGCUGCUUGCUCAGAUCGCGUGAGACUGGCCACAAUAUAAACGAAGUU